CCGCCGAGGAGCAGAACCGCUGGACCUUCGAGGUGGCCUGGGAGGCCGCCAACAAAGUGGGCGGCAUCUACACGGUGAUCCGCUCCAAGGCCUACGUGUCCACCGAGGAGAUGGGCGACCAGUACUGCCUGAUUGGCCCCUACAAGGAGCUGUGCGCCCGCACCGAAGUGGAGGACGGGCCGCUGGCCUCCAGCACCCUCAACAGGGCGGUGGACGCCUGCAGGGCCAAGGGCUUCAAGGUGGUAUCGGGGCGCUGGCUGGUGGAGGGCAACCCCCAGAUCAUCCUGUUCGACGUGGGCAGCGCCGCCUGGAAGCUGGACGAGUUCAAGCAGGAGCUGUGGGACAAGACGAACAUCGGCGUGCCCCAUUUGGACAUCGAGGCCAACGACGCCAUCAUCCUGGGCUACAUGCUGGCGGACUUCAUGGCCGAGUUCAAGCAGGCGGCGCAGCAGGACGGCGAGGACACGCCCCCCAAGAUCGUCGUCCACUUCCACGAGUGGCAGGCGGGCGUCGGGCUGAUCGCCGUGCGCACCCGACACAUCGCCGUCGCCACCGUCUUCACCACGCACGCCACCCUGCUGGGGCGCUACCUGUGCGCCGGCAACACCGACUUUUACAACAACCUGGACAAGUUUGCAGUGGACGAGGAGGCGGGCAAGCGCCAGAUUUACCACCGCUACUGCAUGGAGCGCGCCGCCACCCACUUGGCGCACACGUUCACCACGGUGUCCGACAUCACCGGUUACGAGGCCGAGCACCUGCUGAAGCGCAAGCCCGACGUGAUCACGCCCAACGGGCUCAACGUGAAGAAGUUCUCCGCGCUGCACGAGUUCCAGAACCUGCACGCCCUCUCCAAGGAGAAAAUCCACGAGUUCGUGCGCGGGCACUUCUACGGCCACUUCGACUUCGACCUGGACAAGACGCUCUAUUUCUUCAUCGCCGGCCGCUACGAGUUCGGCAACAAGGGCGCCGACCUGUUCAUUGAGGCGCUGGCGCGCCUCAACCACUACCUCAAGUCCGCGCACCCCGACAUCACCGUGGUGGCCUUCAUGAUCUUCCCCACCAAGACGAACAACUUCAACGUGGAGUCGCUGCGCGGGCACGCCGUCACCAAGAGUCUGCGCGACUCCAUUGUGGACAUCCAGAGCAAGGUGGGCAAGCGCAUGUACGAGGUCUGUCUCAGUGGGCGCCUGCCGGCUGGCGCCGACCUGCUCACCAAGGAGGAGCUGGUGCGGCUGAAGCGCUGCAUCUACUCGCUGCAGCGCGACGGGCUGCCGCCCGUCACCACCCACAACAUCAUCGACGACUGGAACGACCCGGUGCUCAGCCACGUGCGGCGCUGCAACCUCUUCAACACCGCCGAGGACCGCGUGAAGAUCGUGUUCCACCCGGAGUUCCUCAGCACCACCAACCCGCUCUUCGGGCUGGACUACGAGGAGUUCGUGCGCGGGUGCCACCUGGGCGUCUUCCCCAGCUACUACGAGCCGUGGGGCUACACGCCGGCCGAGUGCACCGUCAUGGGCAUCCCCAGCAUCACCACCAACCUGAGCGGCUUCGGCUGCUUCAUGCAGGACCACAUCGCCGACCCGCAAAGCUACGGCAUCUACAUCGUGGACCGGCGCUACAUCGGGCUCGAGGACUCGGUCAAGCAGCUGGCGCACUUCAUGUACGACUUUGCGCGCCUGAGUCGCCGACAGCGCAUCAUCCAGCGGAACCGCACCGAGCGGCUCAGCGACAUGCUCGACUGGCGCAACCUGGGCGUGUAUUACAGGCAGGCGCGCAUGGAGGCGCUGCACCAGCUCUUCCCCGACUACGUGGAGGAGAUUGAGAGCUCCAUCGGCACCCUGAAGUACCCGCGCCCCAUCUCGGAGCCCCCCAGCCCGAGCUCCAGCCGCAUGACCACGCCCGCCGCCUCCGUGCAUGGCAGCGACGACGAGGGCGACUCGGUGGACAGCGAAGCUGAGCUGGAAGAGCUGCGCAACGGCCACCACUAGCCCCCCCCCUAGGUUAGGAACCCCGCCCGUUUACAUUUCUACUUACUACUAGAGUCUAAGCAGCCGUUGUUAAUAAAAAACCGACCAAAUCGA